GUUGAGCUGCGACGCUGCUGUUGUUUUCUUCAUUCAGAUGAACCUCCAGCGCAGCGCCGUCAGCUACCAGGGAAAACCUUCGACAUCCCUCCCAGAGAACCAAACCUCCCCGUCGGUCCUCUUCAGGAGGAACGAACAAACAAACCACCACUCAUUUUUGUUAUUGUCAUUUAUUCGUUUUUUUUUAUUUUAUUUAUUUUUUAUUCAUAACAGCUUUUGAGGAUGCUACGCGCGCGGCACACGACUUUCAUCGAAGCGCGCGAGCGAUUCGAAGUUGCUAAUUAACUGAUAUACGUAUUCGAGAAGCGCGUGAGGUUUGCGCGCGUGCUGCAGGUAUUUUUGUUGAGUAGUGUUUGUUUCCCCCAUUUUUUUUAUCAAAUCAACUGGGCUUGGAUUUGAACCGUCAUUACAAAGCAAGUGUGGAGCCGAGGACGAGCUCAAGACCAUUUAAGACAGACCACGAUCGGAGAGAGAGAUGACCCUCGUCUUGUCCAUGAAUCCUUUCUUGGAUGCAGAGGGAAACCCUCCGCCCUCCACGUUCCCCCCCAUUUGGGAGUCGGAGCGCUUCGCUAAGGCCUGCCUGUCGAGUCGCGCUGUACCACGCAGCACCGAGGAGCAGUUCACACAAGAAGCUCACUGUAGACGAGCUCCUGACCAUGUCUCCGUAUCGAGGAUCGCUUACUUCAAGAGGAAGUUUGUGGAUGAAGAGGAGUCACCUUUCAGCUUCAGGUCCUACUGCCACACUGUUGCACCGGUUCUGGAGGAGCGUGCUCACGUGCUCCGCCUCUCCCUGGAGAAGAUGCGAUUCAUCGACGACCCCGAGUUAUUCCUGCGCCGCUCCGUCCUCGUGAAUAACCUCCUCCGGCGUCUGCGAGCUGAGAUCCUGCUCCAGAGCAGUGACUUGUGCUUUCCCCCGGGCCCCCCCUUCACUGCUGGCCCCUGCAUCCUCCCGGCCGGCGCCGGGCCCGCCCACCAGCUGCUUCACAGAGCCAUGCCCUCCCGGAUCUGCUUAGCCCCCCAGGCCAGGCCGCCACUGCGCAAGCGCUUGCGGACAGUCGGCGGAGUACAGGGGGAACUGCGGCCCGACUGCGCCCAGACCUGCUGCUGCAUCUACGCUGCGGCCGCCGCUGCAGGCCACUACAUCCACUUCCCCUUCUCCAUGUACGACGCAGCUCUCUCCAGCUGCCCCCCCACACCACACUCCUCUUCAUUCUUCCAGCUAGCCGGCCACAGCAAGCUAGGCCUAACCAUGGUUGUUGAUGACGACGAGGAUGAGGAUGCUGAGGAGGAGGAGGAGAAUGAAGAGGAAGAACAUCGGGCAGAGGUGGAUGAAGAAGACGACGAACAAGAGCAGUCGGGCCCCUGUGUUGAUGUUAAAGACAAAGUCAGACAGGCUCUGGGUCACAAACACAAGAAGAAGGACAACUGCCAUGUGGAGGAGGAAGGAGACGAACCAGAGGAAAACGGAGAGGAGGAAGAGGACGAGGAAGAGGAGAAAGGUACGAGUCCGUGUCUUUGGGGUUCAGACGAAGAAAGCCAGAGAUUUCGCUUGUGGCGCCGCAGAGCCCAUAGACAGUAACCCCAAACGAUCAACACCGGAGGAAAAUGCACCGACGGCCGCAUCUGCAAUCAGUUGGAAACCAUUUCUCUCGUUUUGCAAACCAAGCGAUCUGUUUACUUUAAUAAUGCCAAGUCAUGUGGACGUUAAAGGUCUGACAUGUGGCACGCAGACAGAGGCCCUUCUCUGUUUGAUGAAGGAAAACCUGAAAGCUCUGGUUUUUUCCCCGACAGCGCCGUUUUAAAACAUUUCUAAAAUACGAGAUCACAUAUCAGGGGAUCUUAAAGCGCAAAUGUGAAGUGAAGCUUGCUAUUGCACUGAAUCAAGGCUAUUCAAGCACAACAGCCUCCCAUGUGGGGCCUCUUAUUGGUGCAACGGUCUUUCAGGACCCUAAACAAAUCCCAGAAUGAACGGGUUGUCUGCUUGGAGGUGUGUGUUUGCAGAAUAUGAUGUAGCAUUAAAAAAAAAGGAUUUUAGCCAGUUCUGUUGAUUAAUCCACUCAUAUCUCUGCGUGCCUGUUUCUUUUUGUGGCAGUCUCAGGCAUCAGCAUGUGCUGCAGCGUGUAAAAUUCAGAUUACUUUAUGACAACACAAUCAUAUGAAUUGUUAACUUGCAAAGAAAAGUGCCUUAGUGUUUUUCCCGAAUACAUGUAUAUUGUGUGUUUAUGUGAUUGUUUGAGUUACUAAGUGGCUACUUUGCAUAAUCAAUGACUGCUUCGGCAUAUAACGGGAUAGGAGCAUGUCGUUAGAUGCAGAGGAGCUUGUAAAUGUUUUUGUUUAGGAGUCAGAAGCAAAUAUCCUCACCUCAAGUGUUUGUUUCUACAUCAAAAUGCAUGAUUUCAAGCAAAAUCCUUUGCUAAAAAAGAAGAAGAAGAAAAAAAAGCACAAACACCUUCAGCUUUGAACGACAGAAGUUUAUCACUUGAUCAUUCCUGUCUUAAUAUUCAUCAUCCAAGAAAAACCUUGUUUGGUUUUUUUCUCUCAGAAUUUCUUGAAAAGUGCAAAAGUAUCAAGAAAACAGUAAUAAACACUUUGGGGAAACAAAUUGGUUAACCUAGAGGCAACAAAUUAGGUGUUAAAACGGUCAAAACUCUUUUAUAUCCAUUUUUUUGUGACAGCUGUGUGGUUUAAUCUGCAGAAUGAAGAUGAAUUUAGGAGGAACACACGCAUGUACUGUUUGAAAGACGCUUUGUAGAAAGCUCCUUUAAAAUGAGUCGAAUAAAUCGCAAAUCUUAAGACAUAAACAGAAGACUUUGUCACAUCUUUCCUUUUGAAUCACAGUUGUUUAUAGAUUACCCUGAGAUGAAAAACACAACGUUGGUUGGAACGAAUUGUCAUUAUUUGCAGGUAGAACAAGGUGAUAUGACCUUCAGUGCUUGAAAACAAUAAGAAAUUUGAUUUUUGAUUUGAUUUUCCUGCAAAGAAAAACAGACGUCUAUCAGUCUGUUCCAAAGUCUGGAUUAUUUCGUUUCUGGAAACGUUCUGGUGUGCAAAGCUGAAUUCAUCAAACAGUUAAACCCUGUAGCUUUAUGUACAGGACAAAUGCUGAGCUUGAAGUUGACCCUCAAAACCAAACUUCCAUAGUAUCUCACAAGUCAAACUAACUGAAAUGUAAUUAUUGCAGUUUUCUCAUCGAUUUAAAUCUUGCUUAAAUCGAUUGAACUCCCAGUGAAUUGACAAAAGUUUCUCAUGUAAAUCAAUGCAAACAACUCCAGACAAGUUCAAAGCAUCUGCAAAACAUUCCGACUAUUUCCCCCCAAAAAUAGUGUUUACAAUUCCAAAAACACAUGAAGGGAGCGCUGUAAAUCACACCAGCAGAUCAAUAACUUCUGCAAAUGUUUUGAGACAUUUUAGAAACAACCUGUUUGUGUGUCCUCGGAUCAGGACACACAAACACACAUCCUCCUGGUUCCAUCAGAGAUAAUCAAGCAUUUUAGUUUGUUGGUAAAGUUUGGUGUAGAUGGAGUUCCAUUGUGAUCCUCUGCAUGGCCUCCAUGGCCUCCAGCUUUGCACAAACACUAAAGCACACUGAUGGUAGCUACUCUGAGUCACUGACAGCGUAGCAUUUGGUCUCAUCUAUAAAAUAAUUCAAGGUAUGUGAUGCCAGUGGGAUAUUUACCCUCUUCAAAAUUCGUUUGAAUUCUUGAGUUUGUACGUAGUUCUUUCAGAAAUUGUGCUCAUGAUUUCAUUUGUUAUAUUUUGGUCCCUCAAAAAUACACAUUUCCCUCCAUUCCUUCUAAUGUCCUCGGAACAGAAUUUUUAAAAGCAAACGUCAACUCAGAUAAAUUUUGGUUGCCACUGAAAAGAAAUAAACUGGAAAGUCCACACAGAAAGAGGUACAGGGUAUAGAAAUGUGUCCUACUUUGGUUUGUUUGCUUAAAAGUCUUGGAAUGAGAUGAUUUCAGCGGUCAGAAAUGGAGAAAACUGGUCUGCUGGAACACAUGACUCAGACAACAACACAUCCAAAACAGUAUUUUUGGGUGGAAGAUUCAAUCACAAACCUGAACCAAAGUAAAAAAUCCUAAAAAAAUAUUUCACAAGGUGUUUUUCUUUUCUAUAGCUCCUCUAUGGCAUACUGCAGUUUAAAGCACAAGUUAUUUGAGUUUGACGUCCCUCGUGUUUUUAUGUCCGUGAUGAUGACAACAGCAGGUACAAAAGUGGACAUCGGGUCUGUUUACGUAAGCUCAUCGCAACAAGUAAGAAAAAAAAAAAGAUCAAUGUUGGUUAAUGGAAAAAUAUGACAAAGCAAUAUUUGUUUUGGGGCUGAAACGACCUGUUCAUUUUCUGUAAAAAAAAAAAAAAAGAAUUUGAAAAAACUUUUCACGUACAAGUGUGCUUCAAUAACUUUAUGUGAUGUUCUGUGACAAAUGUAUCAUUAAAAGGAUGGUUGUAAAAAAAAAAAAA